GGCAUAAGCUUUUUGCUUAUCCAGGCAUAGUGACCUUUUUACUCGGACAACGAGACUCUCUUCUGCUCAGUGGAGAAGAGUGAGAGAGCGAAACCGAGAUGGCGUGCUCAGCUUCUUCUGCCAUUAUCUCGUCGAGCCCUGGCUCUUUCUCAUGCAAAUCUGCGAAGCCCAUGGCUUCUAUGGUCCCUUCCAAGCCAUUCUCUCAAACCCUAACCGUUCCCAAAAGCUUCAAUGGUCUCCGAAGACCCUUCCAGUCUCGCGUCUCUAGGCCAAUUUCCAACCCCAGAUCUUCUUCCAGGAGGAGCUUUGUUGUCAAUGCCAGUGAACUUCCUUUGGUUGGUAAUCCGGCCCCAGAUUUUGAAGCUGAAGCAGUUUUUGAUCAGGAGUUCAUUAAGGUCAAGCUGUCCGAGUAUAUUGGAAAGAAAUAUGUGAUUCUCUUUUUCUAUCCGCUGGAUUUCACAUUUGUUUGCCCCACUGAGAUCACUGCUUUCAGUGACCGAUACUCAGAUUUUGAGAAGUUAAACACGGAGAUAUUGGGUGUUUCCGUCGACAGUGUGUUCUCGCACCUUACAUGGGUUCAAACAGAUAGGAAAUCAGGUGGACUUGGUGAUCUGAAGUAUCCGUUAAUUUCUGAUGUGACCAAAUCAAUUUCAAAAUCCUAUGAUGUAUUGAUCCCUGAUCAGGGAAUUGCGUUGAGGGGACUUUUCAUUAUUGACAAGGAAGGAAUUAUUCAACACUCCACCAUUAACAAUCUGGCCAUUGGCCGGAGUGUUGAUGAGACAAUGAGAACACUCCAGGCAUUGCAGUAUGUCCAAGAGAAUCCAGAUGAGGUUUGCCCAGCUGGGUGGAAGCCUGGAGAGAAGUCCAUGAAGCCAGAUCCCAAGCGUAGCAAAGAAUAUUUUUCAGCAAUAUAACAGAAUCAAAGUGAUGCGUGAGUAGCACCUUUGUUAUUAGGCGAGCUCAGAGAAUUUUGUUUCAUCGUUAGUCCGUUUAUUCCCCCCGUCUUAGAGAAGCAGUUCAUGGUAAUAAGGACGUGGGACAUUUUCCCCGUCAAGUGUUCCUGAUUGCUGAACAUUUUGUAUCACAUGUGAGCUUUGUAUUAGCCUGUAUCCUUGAAGGUACACACUAAAAAACAUACAGGAUGUGUUAUGGC